AUGGACGAAGUGCAGAAUGGCGGGUUUGCCGAGGACGCGCUUGCCGGCGCGCUGUUCGCGCUGGAAGAGAGCGUCUCCCUGCUGGCCCGCGAAGACCCGGAGACGCAGCCGUACAGGUCCAAGUACGAAGCUUCAGACAGACUGGAGGGCGUCGCUGACGAACUGAAGCAUCGUCUGCAGCAGCACGCGGCCGGGGCCGACGCAGGGCGCGACGAGGAGUCGCGGCAGAUCCUCGAGGGCGUGCUAGCUGCAGUGGAAACGCAGCGGGGGCUGGCGCUCGCGUCCACCGACCUGACCGCCGACGCGCGCCGACUGCUGGAGCGAUCGAUACCGGCGCUCCAGAAGCCCCCUGGUCCAAAGUGGUGGGGCGGCGUGCUGCAGCAGGCGCUGAACCAGGCGGCAAUUCUUGCCAGCAACAGUGGCGAGCACGACCUCGCCCUGCGCGCGUUACAGCAGGCCGAGCAGCUCUACGUCUCCUCGAACAAUCCAGCGACGCCCCCGGACGGUACCUACCAGCUGACACUGUUCUACCUCGCGCAAGUGCACGGCCUGCGCAAGGACAGCGCGGCGUCCGCGGAGUACUGCGCCGCCACGCUGCGGUCGCAGCUCGAGCUCGCGGCGCCCGACGCAGCGAUAGACGUGGACGAGUGGGUGGGCAACGCACUGGGACUGGCCGAGUACUACCUCUCGGAGGACGAGCACGCCGCGUGCGAGUGGUGCCUGCACGCCGCGACGCGCGUGCUGAAGCUCGCGACGGGGGAGGUCGAGCCGGGCGCGGGCGAGGGCGUGCCGCUGACGGCCCCGCGCGACGUCGAGGCGGCGGGCGCCAAGGUCGACCGGGCGUGGCUGCGGCUGCUGGAGCAGCGGCUGCUGACGGGCGCGCUGUGCAGGGACCGCGGCGGCGACGGGGGCGACGCGGACGGCGUCGGGAGGCUCGGGAGUGUGCCGCCGGCGCUGCACUUCCAGCGGAUCAGCUUGCCGGCGGAGGACGCGCUGCCGUGGGGCAGGAAGGCCAUACCCAGCGACUUCGCUUCGGCGCGGGACAUUUUCAACGCGGCGAUGCGGCACCUGCGCGGCGCCCUGGCGUACUUCGUGCUGGACGGGUUUGUGACGGACCACUUCGAGCUGCAAAUGGACGCCGCGAACCUGUACCGCUGCCUCUCGCGGUACGAAGAGGACCCGAAGCGUCGCGCGGCGAUGCACGGCAUGCGCGCCAAGGUCCUGGCCCCGCUGUGCGACGGCAACAUGAACCCGCAGCACUUUCUGGGAAUCAUCAAGUCGGUGCACCUCGAGUGCGCCUCCGCGCUGCGGGACCAGAGCGACAUCAAGGCGCAGGUGGGCGACGCGGCCGGCGCCGCGAGGGCGGCUGCGACAGCGACCGUGCACUACAAGAGCUUUCUGCGGUGCUUCCCUGCGGGGCCUUGUGCGGAGGACAAGCCGGCGCGCACGUCGCUGGAUAAGGUCGCGGAGGACGUGGAGGAGGAGGCGCUGUACCUGCGGACGCUGCUGCAGCACGUGGCGGUGGUGCAGCGCGUGUACGCCGGCCCGGGGGGCGGCAACCUGGCCGACCUUCAGGUCGCGCUGACGCAGCUCAAGUGGGCGGUGGCGUAUGCGGAGCGGCACAAGGUGCCCGGGUUCGAGCAGGAGGCGGCGCUGGCGUCGGAAAUGAGCGACCUGCUCGAGCAGAAGAUCGACUUCCUGGUCAGGCAGCGGGCCCGCGCUGCAGCCUCCUAG